AUGACAUCUUCCAAAUUAAACGCGCUACCGGCGCUGAGAAAGCAGCACCUCUUGCUCGAGUUUGCCGGUCUUAAGCAGAUCUACCCUGAAGGCAUAUUCGUAAGCCUCGCUCCUGGCGACCCUAGUCUUUGGUCCGGAGUACUAUUCGUUCGGGAUGGUCCUUAUGCUCCCGCCGUGUUGCGAUUCCAGAUCUCCUUUCCCGACUCGUAUCCUCGACUACCACCACUGGUUACCUUCUCGACCGAUAUGUUUCACCCCUUAAUUACACCGCUAAGCACCUACAUGUACUCGACCGACGUUCAGGACAAUGGUACUGUGAGUGCGACCGAUGCCGAGCGGUUACCACCCGGCGGAUUUAGCUUGAGGCAUGGGUUUCCCGGCUGGUUUAGGCGCUCAAGCCGGGGCCUGAAUACUAGCAGUAGUGCGCAAUCAAGCGGACAGCAAAACGAACAACAGACUCCUCACCGACCUCCCCCUCCAUCGAUGAGUAGUGCCGGCACGCCCGGCUCUAAAGGAUCCGCUGUUGGCAUGUCGCCCGGAUUUGCCGAAACAAAUGGGAAGGAAAUAUCUACUUACGAGGUCCUUCGAUACAUACGUAGCACCUUCAGUGAAGAAGACGUUUUGGAUUCUAUUCCUCUUGAAGCUGCCGGAAACCCCGGUGCCUGGUAUGCUUGGCGGACACACCGCAUCGACAACGGGAAGGUUUUCCCCGAUACACCUGAUAGCACUGACUCAACAGACGCCAGCCCCACGCCUAAGGAAACGCCCGAUUCCCCAAGAAGACCAGGAGAUUGGAAUUGGGAAGGUGUUUGGGAAGAAAGAGUUAAGAAAGCAGUGACAGCUAGUCUAUCCGAGCCCGUAUUAUAUGGCGGAGUAGGUGCUGCCGAUGAUGUGAUUCGAUUUCUGAAUAUGGAGGAAAGUGACGUGGAAACCGUAAAGGAUAAUCUUCUACGAACCUUGAAUAACGACUCCUGA